CGAUGGGUGGUGCCACGGAGCGCGCAGCGGCAACCUGUGCAGCUUUGUGCGCAUGUUUUCGUGUUUGGACGGUGUAGCGGUGCAGCUCGUCAUCAUUGCAUGGAUUGAUGUUCAACUGGAAGAAGCGAGGAUUUGCAAAAUAAGAGCGUUCAGAGGGCGUCGCGCGUUAGAUCGGAGAUAAUGGACAAAUCAGGUGGCACCAUGAGCAAAGUGCAGGGUGGGAUGAAAUGUGUGAAAUAUCUGCUUUUCAUCUUCAACUUCAUCUUCUGGCUGUCGGGCUUGUUGGUGCUGGCUGUGGGACUUUGGCUCAGGUUUGACCCAGAAACAGUGGAGCUGCUGACAGGCAAUGAAGCCCCGGACUCCUUCUUCAUAGCUGUGUACAUCCUCCUUGGUGCAGGAGGCUUGAUGAUGAUCGUUGGGUUCUUUGGCUGUUUUGGGGCCGUACGCGAGUCUCAGUGUCUUCUGGCAUCAUUCUUUGCUUGCCUUCUGAUCAUCUUUGGAGCAGAGGUCGCCGCCGGUGUGUUUGGAUUCCUAAACAAGGAGCAGAUUGUUGAGGAAGUCCAGAAGUUUUACAGUAGCUCCUUCAAUGACGUCACUAGUCCGAAUGGCACUGCAAUAGCCCUUAUUUACCACAAAACUCUCAACUGUUGUGGAACCUCCCAAUCAGACGUCACUAAUACACAAUGUGAAGAUGAUUCUUCACAGGGCAAACAGGACUGUUUGGCUGCUAUAACAAACUUCUUCAAUGACAAGCUGUACAUCAUUGGAUACAUUGGGAUUGGGAUUGCAGGAGUAAUGAUAAUGGGAAUGAUCUUCAGUAUGGUUCUGUGUUGUGCCAUCAGGAACAGCAGGGAGGUUAUAUAAAUGGUGAGCUGACCCCCCACCCACCUCCACCAGCCAGACCCCUACAAGCUCACUGAACCCUUCAGAAUCAAUCCAUCUGCAUAAGAAGGGGAAACACCAAAGUUACACUCAACAUCAUUUCUUAUAGUUCAGAUCGAUCUGGUGGGGAGGUUUCCUGAAUAUCACAAGUAACAACAGUAAAUCCCAGUAGUCCCACUUAUCCGCAGGCCGCAUUCAACACAAUACGCUGGAUCUUUACGCCUUCUCCUCAACUCCACCAGCACUGAAACAUUCAAUUUUUUCUCUCUUACAUUCCAAAACAUGCACUCUUGCUUUUGCACGACUCUGACAUUCCCUGGUUUUAACACGUUUCUGUUACACUGCUGCCACACUGCAGAGGCGACAGCACUGCACUGUAGCUACAACACAGCAGCCGCACAGCUGGGGGUGGGCCUGGGUUCUGAGUGGGUGGGUCUGGGCCCACCCAAUCAGGUGUGCACGUGUGUGGUUAUGUGGUGCAUCGUGCAUUUGACAUGCUGUUGGGCCAUUUUUCUUUGUUCGUCUUGGUGCCAGUAAUGCCACAGUUUGUAAUAAACUGCUGAAAAAAUAGGCAGGUAUGGUUGUAAUUGUGUGAUUUGGGCUGGUAUCACCAAGGUAAUGGUCUUGGAAGAGGCCCACCCUAUUUUCUGUAGCCCUACCCACACGAUUUCUGGCUCCGCUAGUGCAACACAGUCCACCUUAUUUGACACAGAAUGUCUUGACUGAGGAGUAUUUGCUGUAAAUACCUAUUUUACAGAUCUGCUGUUAACAUUUGUUAUUCUGUGCCCUUUCUGGUCCUUUUACACCAUUUAUAGGCCUAAUGCCAAUCAUACUUUGUGUGCUUAAAUGUUUUGAAGACUAGCCUACCUUUGCUGCGUGAAUUUCCAUUUUGUGCCUCUAUAGUCCCACAAACAAGCCUCCAGCUACUGUACUACUUAUUGUGAUACUGCGACUGUGUUUGCUCCGUUGCCACUCUCAAGUAUUUCUAUUUAGCAACAAUAGAGGAAGUGUAGAAAUGAUAUCAAACCAAAGGGUUAGGAAGGUCUGAUGAUAAACUGCCACUCUGAAAAUCUCUAAAUAAUCUAAAAGAUAACUGCAUCCUGGGCACUUCUGGUGCAUGUGUGAAAAGUAACUGAGCUAGUUUGCAUUUUCUGACUUAUUGUGGAUGUACAUGUUCUUGGUGUGCCAAUACGAUGUGAAAUAUAGAAUAAUAUAGGUUAUGUCAUACUGAUAACCAUAAUAAAAAACAUGUGGGUGCUUUUAUUAACGUUUGGCUGUUUUGUUUCCCACUUUUGAAGUGUUGAGUCACUAGUCUGCUUUGCAGACGGCCGAUUGCAAAAUUUGUGGUUUUCACUGGUUCCUGAACACAUCAGCACUUUGUACAGGCUCGCUGACAUGAAAUGGUGGCAGCACAGUAAUACACCUGGAGUCAAGUCAUGCUGACAAAUGCAGGAAACAAAAUGCGGCCAUAUGACAGACAGAACCCACAACGCCCACUUACUGCUCAAACACACUGAGAAACGCUGUGGAGGAUGUCCAUAGGGUGCGGCUGGAAGCUUUUGGACAAUGUGUUAAAGUUGUUUGUCAAGCUGCGUUUAAGGUGACGAACUAACAUUCAAGUGCAUCAUACAGACUUCAGUAUAAAUACACACCUGACCAAGUCUUUAUUCUGACUGUGGUCUAUUUGCAUACUUUUGUCUCCACACAAAUGCUUUUGUUACUGCCUUUGUUGCAGCAGCUGCCACUGUCAUGAUCUUAGCUGCGGGUUUAACACACAUUCAAACAAGGUGUCAUAAAGCAGCACAAAUGUCCACAUAAGUAGAAUAUAGUUGAUGUUAUGCCUCUGCACUUGUUUAAUAAAGAAACUCUU